AUGUCGAAAGAACCAAACACAAAGCAAGUUGAAAAAGACAACACGACGAGUAUAUCAAGUAAUGAGGUACAAAAGAAAGAAGUGAAAAAGGAAGUUUCUGGUGUUGAACCUUCAAAGAAAAAGUUUAAAGACAAGAAGAGACCAAUGAGAGUGAUUCGUAUUGAAGGGAACAUAGCCAAAGUCGAAGUACUCAAACCCGAUUCACGCAUCAAAAGAGACGAAUUUAAAAAACAUGAAAUUAAACAAGAAAUAAAUAAAGAAAUAAAAAAAGAAAUAAUUAAAAAAGAAGAAGAGGAUGAACCACAAGUUUCGCAGUACAUCGAAACAACUAAAAAAGUCAAGAAGGAAGAAAAAAAGGAAUCGAAGCCAAACACUAAACCAAUACGAAAAAUAACUCGUGAAAACAAAGAGAAAAAACGGGAAACAAAAAUAAUUGAUCACAGACCUGACGAAGAAACACUGAAAAAAAUCAAAGAAGACCUUGCAAAGACACCUCUGUUCACUAUGAAGAAACUCCCAGAAGAUGAAAAACAAAAACAGAAAAUUGAAAAAAUGAGGAAAAAGAUCCUUUCGAUGGCAGAGCAUUGUCCCGAGAAAGUUUUAUCGAGUGAAGAACUUCUGGAACGACGAAAGAAGAAAAAUGCCGAUGAACUGACUCGGACUAUUUUUGUUGGUAACAUUUCAUUUGAGUCAACUGAAGAGGCUCUUUUGAAGAAAAUGCAAGAAUUGGGUGAAGUCGAUUAUUGCAAAUUGUGUCGUAUCAAAGAGAAUGGGAAGAGUAAAGGAACGGCGUUUGUGUGUUUUAAAACAGCUGAAAUUCGCGAUAAAGUUUUGAAAGACGCGUACGCUUUUAUUGACACUAAAGAGUCGAAUGUUGUUUUCGAAAACAGAAGACUUGUACUCCAAAAAGCCAUUUCUCGAGAUAACAUUUCCGUUGUUAGUCUGUUCAAAAAGAAAAAUGCGGACUUUGAUAUCACAAAGAAAGAGUUGAUCGACGUUGGACAGAAGACAAAAGAGGAGUAUCUUCAGUUGGGAUUGACCCCACUCGAGACUAAAAUGAGACUGAAAUCACAGAUGGAGCGAAACAGAAAGUUGAAGAACCCUAACUUCAAGAUCAACCCACUUCGUGUCGUUGUGAGAAACGUCCCCCGUGCAGUAACAAACGAUGAACUUAGAAGCCUCGCGAAAACUUUUGUCAAAAAUGGACGAAUUUCAGACAUCAAAUCAGUUGAAGGUGAUGAAGGCAAGUUAGUUGGCUAUCGAUUCAUUAGGUUCACCAACGAAAUGGAUGCGCGCAACUUUAUAGAAGGUGUGAAUGAAACGAUUCGAUUUAAACAACGCAAAAGAAUCAUGUGUGAGUACAGUAUUGAUGAUAUGUUGAAGCUCCACAAAUUUGAAAUCGCCGUCAAACAACGUAAAGCCGACUUUGAACGUGUUAAAAAGCUCCAGAAAGGGAAGGAGAUGCCGUUUCGACAGGUCCGUUUCUCGAUUAUCCCAUCGAAGCAAGAACUUAAGAAGGAUUGGAAAACAAAGAAGAUGGUCAUUAAGAACAAGAGACACACUCCAAAGGGUGUUGAACAGGUCAAGAACUUCAGACAGAAGAAGGACAUUUUGAUUUAA